ACAGGAUCAACCAAGAGGCACAUGCAUCGAGGGCCAACCACAGACAGGCACAUGCAUCGAGGGUCAACCACAGAGGCACAUGCAUUGCCAUCCUCAGCCAGGCGCAUUUAACUCUCCAACACAGAGAAACCAGCCCUGGCAUGUUUCCUGCUUUCUGACGCCAGCCGCCGGCCAGUCUACUCGCCAGUUCCUAGUUCUGCGCCGCCCUCCGCCAUGGACGAGACCUCGCGGCCCCUCCGCGACAUCGCGAACCCCGGCUUAAAAGCCGAGGGGAAUUUGCUCUGGGAGCUGCGCGCCGAGGUGGCGAGGCUGCUCGGCCGCUCUUCGCACAGCUUCCCCGGUGCGCAACCGGUUAGUUUCACGCGGCGGCAUCUGGACGAGCUGCGGCGCGAGGACUACUACGUCUGCGAGAAAUCAGACGGCAUCCGCUACCUGCUCUAUCUGACAUCCGACGAGAACGGCGCCGAGGUGCACUACCUGAUCGACCGUAAGAACGACUACUGGUGGCUGCACCAGCGCAACCUGCACUUCCCCAUGGCGCACGACCGCGCCGCCUUCCACACCGACACGCUGAUCGACGGCGAGCUGGUGAUGGACUCGCUGUCGGACGGCACCAAGGAGCCCAAGUUCCUCGUCUUCGACCUGCUCGCGCUCGACGGCAAGGCCGACCUGCUGUCCAAGCCGCUGGACAAGCGGCUGGGCUACUUCAAGGAGCACGUCAUGAAGCCGUACAAGAGCCUGUUCACCGCCUUCCCCGAGGAGCUGCAGUACCAGGCGUUCAAGGUGGAGAUGAAGGAGAUGCAGUACUCGUACGGCAUCGAGAUGAUGUUCCGCUCGGUGCUGCCCAACCUCAAGCACCAGAACGACGGGCUCAUCUUCACCUGCCGCACCAGCCCGUACCAGUUCGGCACCGACCCGCACAUCCUCAAGUGGAAGGCGCCGCACGAGAACACGGUCGACUUCCGGCUUCGCCUGCACUUCCCGGUGGUGGAGCCCAACGAGGUGGAGCGCGCCGAGGGCCAGACGGAGCCGUUCGUCGACUACGAGAGCCUGCCGGACGCGCGCCUGCUCGUGUUCACGGGCAACGAGCGCGGCGGGCCGGCCUACGACGAGUUCCGCGAGCCGCUGUACCUGACCGAGGACGAGUGGGAGACCCUCAAGAGCUGGGGCGACCCGCUGCAGGACCGCAUCAUCGAGUGCUCGCUGGACGAGGAGAAGCGCUGGCGCCUGUACCGCUUCCGCGACGACAAGACCGAGGCCAACCACGUCAGCACCGUCAACAGCGUCCUGGAGAGCAUCAAGGACGCCGUCAGCGAGACUGAGCUGAUGGCCGCCGCCAAGAGCAUCAAGGAUGGCUGGAAGAUGAGGCAGCAGCAGCAGCAGCAGCAGCAGCAGCAGCAGCAGCAGCAGCAACGUGAUCAUUGACCUUGUUUUUCUCUUCUUUUCCUCUAUUUUUUUCUGGUUAUGGC